GGAGCUGUGGUGACGGGUGAGGUCUCUUGUUGUGGCUGAGACAAUUGUGGACAAAGUCUGGAAAGUUAAGACCGAAAAAGGAAAAGGAUUUGCGGAGUUAGAGCGCAAUUGAAACUCCCCUCUAUUCCGGAAUAACAGAGCUUUUUUUCCUGCCUUUUUACCACUUUUCUCCAUUAGCUGCCCAUGGAUAGCUAGCUGCUAACGCUACAUACCGGAGCACCUGUCUCCAUUGUCUCUGUCACGUCGCCGACUUCCGGUCGUCGUGUCCGCCGGGUCCUCUAGGUCUGGUACGACAAACCGUCAGCUGUUUUUGUUGUUUUUGACAGUCACACUGUUCUGCUGCUUCCACUGCCAGAGGUGGACGAACAAGAUGGAGUGAGAGGUGCCUCUGUCCCGGAAAUGCCCAGCACAAACUGUAACUGGGUCCCACUGGUAGGGCUGGGCAAUAGUUCAGUAUCGAUAUAUAUCGCAACAGUAUUUUAGUAAAUAUUUAAUUCAUAAUCAAAAUUAAUUACAUACAUGUGGGUAUGGUGUUUGUGUACUGUGUAAACGCACUUUGAGACAUAACAUAUGAUUGCCAUGAAGGUUUUAUGUCAGAUGUGGGAAAUGUCUCGCAAUGUAACAAGCGUGUGUUGUUUUCUGCCCAUAAAGAAGAAAUUAUUAACUGGUUAAUUGGUUUCUACAACUGUCACAUUGCUAAUAUUUAUUUACCGAUUUGACACUUUUCUGUCACAAAAACAUUCUUGGCCAUAUCGCCCAGCCCUCCUGUGCUAGAUAUUUCAUAGAACACUGAAAAUCCCAACCAUAAAACAUGGCAUCCCCCAAAGCAAAAGUAGUAGUCAACAGUGAGAGCAGCCCAAUGAAAGAAUGCAGUGGUCAAGCUGGAGAAGCAGCUCCAAAUCAUCGGAUAUACUGCCUGGAUGACCUGGAGACCGUGGCCACAGUUGGUACUGGGACGUUUGGCAGAGUCUUCCUGGUCAAGGACAAAAAGAGCCGGGCUUUCUUUGCCCUGAAGCAGAUGAAGAUACCAGAUGUGAUCCGACUAAAGCAGGAGCAACAUGUCCACAAUGAGAAGGAGGUGCUGACAGAAGUCAACUACCCCUUCCUCAUUCGACUGUUUUGGACUCACCACGAUGAGCGCUUCCUCUACAUGCUGAUGGACUACGUUCCGGGUGGCGAACUGUUCAGCUACUUGCGCAGCCGUGGGCGUUUCAGCAACAACGCGGGCCUCUUCUACUCUUCUGAGAUCGUAUGCGCCAUUGAGUACCUCCACUCCAAAGAAAUUGUUUACCGUGACCUAAAGCCUGAGAAUAUCCUGCUGGACAGUGAAGGACACAUCCGUCUGACCGACUUCGGGUUUGCAAAGAAACUCUCUGAUAGGACCUGGACUCUGUGUGGAACUCCCGAGUACCUCGCUCCCGAAGUCAUCCAAAGCAAGGGUCAUGGCCGAGCAGUGGACUGGUGGGCUUUGGGCAUCCUCAUCUUUGAAAUGCUGGCUGGGUACCCUCCGUUCUUUGAUGACAACCCAUUUGGAAUCUACCAGAAGAUCCUGGCCGGAAAACUAGAAUUCCCACGCCAUCUGGAUUUCUAUGUCAAAGACCUCAUCAAGAAAUUUCUGGUCAUUGACCGAGCCAGACGGCUAGGCAACAUGAAGAACGGAGCCGACGACGUGAAGAAGCACCGCUGGUUCAAGACAAUUGAUUGGGAGUCGGUGCCGCUGAGGAAACUUAAGCCUCCGAUAGUUCCCAAAGUGUCCCACGAGGGCGACACCUCCAACUUUGACAUUUACCCCGAGGAUGACUGGAAGAAGGACCCCCCUGUGCCUCAGAAGGACUUGGAGAUCUUCAAGAACUUCUGAUCAGUCGGCCUGUUUAAUUUAUUCUUGAACCAAUAUAUUGACGAUGUACUGUUACAGGUACUAUGAUAGAGAAUACACUCAUUUAUGGGGAUGUAACGGUAUUGUCAAUUUCACAGUAUCACAUGAAUAGAGAGAAACUACAGAGACCAUCAUCAUCCUUUGCACUUCUUGUUGCCUCUACAGAUAGAGAAAAUGGUGUUGGCCAGUAUUAAUGGCAACAGAGAACAGAGCGCAGAUGUAGGAGAGAGGCAAAGAUUUUUUUAAAUUGUGACUCUUACGUCUUUCCUUUGGUGUCAAGAAAUACAAAAGAAGUGUAUGAAAAGCCACUUGACAAUUUGUCACUGCGAAAAGAAUAAAAAGAGGGACUAAAAAAGGACUCUAAGGGAAGCAUUUAAAGCACAAGAGCUUGACCUGCAGCCAUUUUUUGUAGUGGACAUCAAAGGAUUAAGAAAAUUACACGCUGAAGCCAAAGUAUAAAAUGAAUUUACAGACAUGCAUUACUUUAAUCAAACACUAUAAUCCAGCUCCUGCUAUCACAACAUUGCAAUAAAUAUUCUAUUGUAACUGAGAUUUUGAUAUCGUUACAUCCCUAUCUCUUAUCAAAGCAGGGAGUCAUUUUAUCCAGAAUAUGAUCCUCCCUCACUUCCUACAAACUCCAAAUAAUUGAUGCUGUGACCUGUAUCAUACUAGAUUUGUUUUAUUAUGUUAAUUUAACUGACUUAAUUCUUUUUUUGUAUUACUAUUAUUAUUGUUUUUUUAUUAAUUUCUCUGAGCCUACUCAUAUGCAAAAAAAAAAUGUGUUUCCUUUGAAACCAAAUGACUGUUACUUUCUAGGUUUUGAAAAAAAAGAAGAGGAGAAAAAUCAGGUCUUUUUUAAUCUUUUUUUUUUGUAUUUUCUGGGUUUUUCAAAUGUCCAUGUGUAGUCAUAUCUAAUGUGACUCCAGACUGGUGCUGUUAACUGUCAGCUGGCCAGUUUUGGACUCAUUACACUGUAUGUGGUCAUGAGUCAGACACUUGAUUUGAAGAUGUGUGACCAUUAGCACUCGUAAAAAGGUGCCUUACUGUACAUCACAGCUUGACGGGGCAUGUCGCGCGUGCUUUUGUGAGCCUUCAGUUCACUAAGGGAUGUUGGAUCUCAUGUUGAGGUGCAGCUGAAUUUGCUGUUUCCUUGUUGAAGCUUUAUUGACAGAUGGGCCUUUGUUAGUACGGAUGAUUUUUAAAGGCAAAAGGCAUGGGAGGUGAAAGGUGUGAGAAUGUAGGGCUGGGUAUCUCACCACUGACUUACAAAGUCACAAAGCGUAGAUAUUGAUUCAGUUAUGGAUGUUUCAGUAAUAGAGGCAAAUGUUUUAAAUGGAGUUUUUAAAUCUGAAAUGAGAGCAUCGUUUGCCUUUAAGCAAGGUGAGGUAGUGGAUGAUCCCAUGUUUACAGGCUCAUUAUUCUGUCACAUGGCCAGAGCUGGCAAGACUCAACAAGGUUCUCUAUACCCACGGGCAAAGGAUCAGAUAAUUCAAGUGAAUAUCUAUUUUAAUCAGAAAUCAAUUUCGUUAAGCCACUGGUGAUUGACGCUGCAACUCACACGUGAAAUGUGGCGGCUUCAGCUAAAACGCUGUACAUUCUCUUUGAAUGACAUGCUGCUGAACUGCAUUGUGGGUCCAUUAGUUUGCUGUUAGCGUGAUGCAGGACUUUUUUAAUCAACUUUCAAGCAGCGGUGCAAACACCAGCCAAUCAACAAU